UUGGUGGUAACUUUUUUUUUUCUUUCUUUUUCCCUCCAGUGUCUCAAAAUAUCAAAGCCUCAGUUCCUUCCUUUGUUGACCGAGUCUCUUCGUCUAUCACGGUGAUGGUUGGCUCUCAUCUUUUAAUUUCUAUCCGCUCACCCAAAAAAAAAAAAAAAAAAAAAAAAAAAACCGCUUGAAACCACAACACGCUAUUCGCUCAUUUGCUGACCAAGCUGACCAAGCUGCGUUUGCCACCACCCCUCGAGGCUGCAGACAUUCAGCUAGCUCUCCUUCAACCCUGACCUUGUUGUGCCUGAUCACCGUCCAGCAUACCUAGGGACGAAUUGGGCGUUGAGAUCUGUUCCCAAACCAGAUUCACUUCAAUACGUGCACUUGUUGAAUCAGCUGGGCGGUUCGGCUUCAUCCCGGUCGUUCAUCACCAGCGGCAAGGGGGACCACACUGGUGUUGGCCCGGAAGCUCGAGCGAGGUCAGUCUGUGCAGUGCUGCUCUCCACAGUCUUCCAAUCGAGUUGGGGAAAUGCGCGGAGGCGACUAUCAGUGAACAAGCAAUUUCACCCACCGAACACCGACACUGGCACCGCGACUUUGCAGUGGAAUCAACCUCCUUCCGCCCCCCUCCAUUUCCCUCCCGUCAUUAUGGACGCGGCGGACGACUGGUUUGAUGACGAGGGCGGAUUUUUGUACCAGGUCGAGCAAUUAGUCGCUGAGGGCGAAGGGCAAUUCGAGGACCAUUACGAAGACCAUCUGGCCAUCGACAACGACAGCAGUGACAUUGACAUUGACCUGAGUCUCGACAACAGCGAAGACGAUCACGGCGAAGUUUCUGAAUUGGACUGGGAUUACAACUUGGACGACAACAACAACAACAACAUUGAUCUAGACCUUGACGACGAAGAAGGAGCAGAAGAAGAGGAGGAGAAUCACUACAACGUUGGCGGCGGUUCGCUGUCGCCCCGCCAUCGACGGAGCCCACAUUCCCCACAGUCUCCGUCAUCUAGCGAAUCUAGCCUGGUCGACGCCGACCCUGGAUUUGACAUCGACCUCGACCUUCCCUACGAUUUUGACCACGACUUCGACCUUGACAUUCCCGGCUUUCACGACUACUCCGACAACAGCGACAACAGCCUCGAACUUGACAGCAGCGGCUUCCCUUCCUCAGACACAGAACAAGACAGCGAAAACGAGGACGACAACGACGACACCUCUAGCGACGAAAGCGACGAUUCUGAUUCCUCUGUCGACCGCCGUCUCCGCGAACAGUUUGAUAUCUUCGAAGCCAGCGCACGUAUCGAGGCGCGUCUUGACGAAUUAGAACAACGCCGCCAGCUAUUUGUGCAAGGACUGGCUGAGGCGCGUCGGCGGUUUGCAUCGAUUGCAGGAGAGGAAAACCGCCACGAACAAAAUCGUCACCACCCAUAUCGCGUGCCGGCUCUGCUUGACCGUCGCCGUGCUCAACAACAGCGGCAAGGCGGGGGAGGUGUUUUAGGUUCGGGCGAAGGAGCAGCAGGUGCCCCGCGAGGAGGACAAAACCUUGCCGCCAACAUAUUGGACGAACUAGUCGAGAUGGAAGUAGAAUGGGCGGGCCAGGGCGGCAACGCUGGCCGGCGGGCAGGCAGGCGUACUCCCGCUGCUGCCGCCGCCGCCAUUAACAACCUCAACCCCGCGCAACCACAACAACAAGACCAACAAGCUCAAGUUGUCAUCGACUUGACCUCAGAUUUGGAAGAUUCCGACGCCGAGCCCCCUGCGCUUCCUCGAGCUGGUGGAAGUCGAGCUAUAAACAACCGCCGUCAUCAUCAUCACAACCCCGGAGCAUCAGCAGCACGCCGCGCACGCCGCGCAAUGUCCGCCAACAACGCCAACAACGGCGCUCCUGCCCAAGCUGGCAACGGAUUUGCCGAGGUCAUCGACCUUACGCUGGACGAUGACGAACCCGUCCCAGCUGCCGGUGGUCACCGCAACCACCGCCCUCCUCACCGCGAACCCGGCAACGUUGAGCGUAGCCGAAGGCCCGUGAAUCGCCGCCCGGCCGCCAACGAACUGAUUGUCGACCUAGGCGAAGUCGACUCGGACGACGACGACGCCGUGGCUCGCGCCGCUCAUCGCUCAGUAGCACGUAACGCCGCCGCCGCUGCCCGUCACCCAGCCGCCGCCGGUAGAGCCGCGCGCGCAGUACCAGGCGCUGGCAUGUUAGGCAACUUUUACCAACUCUUCCGCCUGGGCGCUUUCGCCAACGUCCGACCGGAUCUCGAAGUCCAACUUAUUGGCUUGGACGCGAACAACAAUCCGCUGGGAAGGAACUUACCACAUCUCGACUACGGUAACAAUGGACGAAACGGAGUUGCGGCGGCGGCGGCUGCUGCGGCUGCUGCGGCUGCGGCAGAACAACAGAGAAAUGCGAAUGCGCCACCACCGCCUAGAGAAGGGUUCACGCGGGCUACGGGAGAGGAUCUGACGGUGGUUUGUCCGAGUUGUGAGGAGGAGUUGGCUUAUGAUCCUGACGAGGAAGAUCAAAAAGCGGGGCCGACACCGAAGAAGGCGAGGACGAAGAAGGAUCGAGAGGAACACUUCUUUUGGGCUGUCAAGGAGUGUGGUCACGUCUACUGCAAGAAAUGCUACGAAAACCGCAAGUGCACAAAGAACACGGGCUUCAAACACAAGGAUCAGGCGUCCUCUGCGUCGGGCGCGGCUGGUUCUAGUUCCGGCGCUGUGGCGGCCAAGAACCUUAAAGUCCUUUGCGCCGUGGACGAUUGCUCGACUGAUGUCAGCUACAAGACGGCGUGGGUCGGGUUGUUCUUGUGAGCUGAUGAAGUCGUAUCUGGGGCGCAAUGGACGUUGUUGUCGUCGGUAUGCAUUUGACGGCAUAUCUGGUAUUAUAGUAGCCGGCGGUAUGAAACAUCGACCAAGAUGACGGACGGCGGACAACAUGGACAGCGUCGUCCCUGCUUCUUUCGCAUAGCUAUUUCCUUGACACAUCACGCCACAUUUCCCUCCGGUGGCCUACAUUUACAAAGGGCUGUUAUAGUACUUGGGGUUGAACAUUUGUCCUUCCACGGACGGACUUCCCAACCUCAUCUCUCUCACGACAGACCCCCCUCUCAAAUUUUUCUUUGCUCGAUGACGCCUCACAGCGCCUCUUUCUCACUCACCUCAAAAUCUCACGUUGGCUUCACGGUGGUCUGAUCUGGUCUGUCCCGAUCUCUUGAACGGAUGGACAUUGUUGUCGGCGGUGGUCUGACUGCUUGCUUAUACAUCGAUACCUUCCUCAGUAGCAUAGCGGAGCAUUUAGUUAGUUAGCAUGGUCACGGCUAGGUGUUGUUGGUACGGUUUCGGUUCGGUUCGGUUUUGCUUUUGUUAGAUAGACUAUGCGGCAUUUUCCCUUUAGAGAGGGAUUUUCUUUUCUUUCUUUCUGUUUGCUUUAUGGUUUCAACUGCAUGCAUGGAUGGAUGCACGGAUGGAUGGAUGGAUGGAUGGACGGCUCGAUGGGGAUGGAAAAAAAAGGUUAAUUUAGGGUUGGUUGGCGUUGGUGGAUUUUGUAUCCUUAUAGGUGUUACGUUUUAGGGAAGAUGGAAGAUGGAAGAUGGAAGAUGGAAGAUGGACACUUUACAAUUACCUACUCUCUUCAUGAACGUACAUAUGGC